UCCGCUAGUAAGAAGCACUUACGCAUUUUCCUUCAUAUUCUCCCCAAAUUUCUGGUUCGAUUCCUUUCCUCUCCCAAGACAAAAACAUGGGUGUCACCACAUUUACCCAAGAAUUCACCACCCCCAUUGCUCCAUCUAGAAUGUUCAAGGCUUUGAUUAUUGAUUCUCACAACCUGAUUCCCAAGAUUGCCCCUCAGGGUAUUAAGAACAUCGAGUUCGUCGAAGGAAAUGGAGGAGUUGGAAGUAUCAAGGUCACCAACUUCGCCGAAGGUGGUCACUUGAAGUUCUUGAAGCACAAAAUCGAUGCUCUCGACACCGAGAACUUGGUCUGCAAGUACACUUUGAUUGAAGGUGAUGUGAUAUUUGACAAGAUCGAAUCGAUUGUCUAUGAGGUUCAAUUCUUGGCUUCGAGCGACGGUGGAUGCGUUUGUAAGAUGACUAGUGAAUACCACACUAAAGGGGAUGUGGAGCUUAAGGAAGAUGAUAUCAAGCAAGGCAAAGAAAAGGCUAUGGGACUUUACAAAGUUGUUGAAGAGUACCUAUUGGCUAACCCCAAUAUUUAUGUUUAAAUCACAACUUCUUGUGCCAUUUCCGUCAUGUGUCAUUUUGAAUUUAUUUCCCUUAUCUGUCACUAUAAGGGGUAUGCAAGCGUGAUCUAUUGUAAUUUUUAGUGCGAUUGAAUUGUAAUUCUAGGUGUUAUCAAUAAAUUUCCAUUGGAAUUGUUGAUGUUUUAAUAUCA